AUGACAUACGCGACGAGAACUCCAAGACGCAAGAAAGUGAACAAGCCAUCAUUUGAUUAUCAGGUCGAUGAAGAGAAUGGAUAUGAUCAAUCAGAUGUGGAGAGUACUCAACCGUCCAGCAUGGACGCAUCCGAUCCGGAGUGUCGUAAGAAAACCGAGUCGGAUCCAUUCUAUCAAGUUUAUCACAAACCCGCUGUCAAUCAUCCUNNCUAUGCAUGUUGGCUCUCUGUGUAUCGAUUACUGUUAUUGUGCACCGGUUUGUGGGCGGGAUCAGCCGGGCUUUUGAAUAGCGCUGUAGGCAUGAUAUUUCUACACUUUCAAAACAACUGUUUUGCCAUUGUGGUUCUCAAUACGGACACGGGGGCUCUGUGUCUGAACGCGUUCUGCGCAUUCCAUAGUAUUCUGUUUGUUGUGUACGGCCGGCGCGAGGAAUCAUCUGCAUGGGCCAAACAAAUCGGAGUAUCUGUUUUAUGCCUGGUCUACAUCUGUCUGAUUGUGGCACAUUUCAUCCUUAUGAGUAUGGCCACGUGUACUCGGUUCAAACGGAAAUCGACCGGUUCUAUCUCUUCCAAAUGA